AUGGGUUUGUCCGCCUCCUUGCCCAAGUUCGCCGCUCCGUCCAGCCUUGCCACCCCACUUUCCUCCUUCGACCUCCGCGGCACCUAUGGUUGUCCUCCGCGAUCUCCCCGACGAGUGGCUCCCGAUGGUUUUCCGGUCGCUGGGCGUCGUGGACACAGGUACGCCCUCGUCUCCAAGAGGUGGCUGGCGGCGGAGGGUUGCAUCCGCCACGAUUCUACCUUGCUAACACCCCCCCAGCUGCUGCUGGUUGCGUUCGCCCUCUCCCAGCGCUUCGACGCCGUCUCGGAUUUGACUCUCGAGUGGGAUCUCUAGAUGAAUAGCAUCGGGGACGAGGCCGUCGCUCUUAUCUCCGCCCGCUGUCCUAAUCUCGUUCGCCUCAAACUCGGCGCGUGCCGCCAGAUCUCCUACCGCGGUAUGGUGACCCUCGCGAAGAAUUGCUCCCGCUUCCGCCAGCUUUCCUGCGUCGAUUGUAACUUCGGCACCAAAGGCAUCAGCGCCAUGCUCGCUCACUGCCCCCUUUUGGAGGAGAUCUCAGUUAUGCUCCUCGAGGAUUGUACUGACGAUAUCGUGGUUUCCCCGUGGAGCGCUCCUUCACUGAAGGUAAUCUCCCUCAUUUGGUUCCAUGUGGAAUGCAUCUUCCCUCUCGUCGCCGCCUUCCCCAACCUCCACAUUCUCAGGUUAUCGAAUGUCUUGGGAAUUGGGAUAGCCUGCUGGAGGAGCUUCCCCAACGAGUCCGAGGUCUGGUCAGACUCCAUUUAGUGAAUACGCCGGUUACGGACCGGCGGCUCUCCGGCGUAUCGUCAUGGCCGAGUCUGGAGGUCCUUCACCUGGCGGGAGGGUGAAGCUUGGUCGAUAAGUCACAUUACUGGCUUUCCGCCACUGCGCACCGGUGCCUUAACCUGCAGGAGCUGGUGCUCAGUGGGGUGAAGCCGACGGAGCGAGCCUGGGGCUCAUCACAAGCAGCUGUCGGAAGCUAGAGCACCUCGCCGUGGUUCGUAUGGAGACCAUAGGAGAUGGUGAAAUCCCUUGCAUUUCCCCCGAAGGAUUGGCGCUGAAGGAGCUCCACAUCACGCGUUGCUGUAUCUCGAACCACGGCCCGGAGGCCCUUGUGAUAUGUUGCCCUAGCCUGAUGAGGGCGUGGACCGCCUGA